CAUCUGCUAUCUAUCAUGAUUAUUAAACGGCGUUUCCGUGGUAGUGACAGAAAUUUAUAGUCACCUCAUUACCACCGUUUAGUGGUCGCUACCGUCUCGCGAUACAAGAUCAUUAAAAGCUUCUUCCAGAAACGCACGUGUUUGCCAAGAUCCGCCCAGAAGUUUGUGCGAUUGGUCGACCUAGCGCUGACGUCGUGAGCACGUGGCUUUAGGGUACCGCCUCAAGGAACGAAGAAUUUGACUUGAGUGCCAAAAAAAUAUUGUUGGACACCGUGAGUAACCCGACAAAACAGUCGUUGGUUUCGGCUCUAAUCUUUCGAACACAUUGAGGGAGGUACCAAUGUAACUCCUUGGUGGUUUUUAUCUUUUGAUUAUUUUUCAGUGAAGUUCUAUCAUCAAUUGCCUGAUUUUUGGGACGUCGAUUAAUUAUAAUUGUAGAAUACAUUUCAAUGAGCGCGAAAUAUUUACUCGAGAAUAUCAAAAAGACGAUUUUAUGUUACUAGCAGAAUAUUCUGAGUGUUGUUUUGACAAAACGCGUUCAAGAUGUCCGAUGAAGAGAUGAAAAAAUCAGACUCGUCGAAGAAAACAAGCGAUUCUGCGGAAAAUCCGAGAUUAUGUUCUUUCAGCAUUGAGAGAUUACUAGCAAGACCGAGCAAGAUAGAUGAAGAAGAAAAUAAAUUCUCACAACAGACCGAUUUGUCUUUACUUUGCCAAGAAAGUAAUGAAUUGGAGACAAGAAUGCUUGUUGCACCUGAUUCAUCCAUGUCAAUGGCGGAAGAAAUCGAGCUCGACGAUACCGACAUGGUAUGCUCGACAUCUCCUGAACCAGAGAUGUAUUAUGAGGCGUGCACCAGCAGCAGUGGCGCGAAUUCAACUACGAGCGCGGACAGGGAUAUCCAGGAGAAAACUGUCGCCGCCAUUAGCGACGAUGAAAGGAAGAAGAGACCACGCACAGCGUUUACCGCCACGCAAAUUAAAUCCUUGGAGGCGGAAUUCGAAAGAAAUAAGUAUUUGAGUGUGGCAAAACGGUUGCAGCUGAGCAAAAAUUUAAAGCUCACGGAAACACAAAUAAAGAUAUGGUUCCAAAAUAGACGGACUAAGUGGAAAAGAAAGUACACUAAUGACGUCGAGCUAUUUGCGCAGCAAUACUAUUCGAGCUUAGGAAUUCCAGCACCACGACCAAUUUUUGUCGGUGAUCGCUUAUGGUUUUUCAACUAUCCGGGACAACCACAAUCGGGAAUACCAUUUCCGCAGCAUUUAACACCGUUGCCAUUAUCCCCUACAUUACCUAUUAUUCAACCAUUACCCAGUAGUCUAUCGAUGAGACAACAAACAUCCAUCUUUCAAAACGUACCAACUAGUCACCUCUCGCAUCAUCUAACUCAGAGAUUGGACUUCAGGCAUCAUGAUCCUUAGCUUUUGGAUAAAUGCGUCUCCAAAAUUAUUGGUAAUAAUCGGAUCAUUUAAAAUUAAUUAAUAAUUCUUUACGAUACGCAAUACGAGGCUAUGAAAUCAGACUUGUUUGCUAGUGAUAACGAUCGUUACAAGUAACGUACUUUUUUUUUAUAUCGCAUAC